AUGAAGACCCCUUUCACCAUACUUGCGGCCCUGACCGUGGCGAUUACGGUAGUGGCUAGACCAUUUCCAACCAACGGGACGGAGCUCAACAAGCAUGCAAUGAUCGGGUAUCUACAUGCAAGCUUUGCUAACGGGUCUGGCUAUCUGAAACUUGCAGAUGUUCCUGAUGAAUGGGACAUUAUCGAACUAUCUUUUGGGGAGCCUACAUCUGUGGACUCGGGGGAGAUCAAGUUUGCCAUGUGCCCUAAGACAGAAUGCCCUAACGUCGAAAGUGAGGAGGAAUUCAAGGCUGCCAUCAAGGCCAAGCGAGCCAAAGGCAAGAAGGUACUCCUAUCAAUCGGAGGGCAGAACGGCCAGGUCCAGCUCAAAACGACCGAGGCAAGGGAUAAAUUCGUCAGCUCGGUGGGAGGUAUCAUCGACAAAUACGGCCUUGACGGCCUGGAUAUCGAUUUUGAGGGGCACUCUCUUUACCUCGACCAGGGAGACACCGACUUCAAGAAUCCAAAGACGCCCGUGGUUGUCAACUUGAUUGCUGCCUUGAAGUCUCUGAAGGAAAAUUCCUAUGGCCCCUCGAACGGCAACGAUGCUCGCGCGGGAUCCUAUCUGCCUGUCAUCCACGCCAUGCGAGACGACUUGACUGUUCUGCAGGUACAGAACUACAACUCCGGCCCGAUCAUUGGUCUUGACGACCAGUACCAUAAUGUCGGCACUCCGGACUUCCUCAUUGCCAUGGCGGAUAUGCUCAAGGCUGGUUUCCCCGUGGCUAAGACGAACAACACCUUCCCACCGCUGCGAGAGGACCAGAUUGCCAUUGGACUACCAUCCACCGUCAGCGCUGGCAACGGCUUCGUUGACGAAAAGGGCGUACAGGACGCCCUGAACUGCUUGAUGAAGGGCGAGUCUUGCGGGACCUACAAGCCUCGCGGUGGUAAAUCUCCAUCUUUCAGGGGUCUGAUGGCCUGGUCCAUCAACUGGGACAAAUUCUCCAACUGGGGAUUCCUGAACCCCCACCGCAAGUACCUCGACAGCUUCCCCUGA